GUUCAAACAAACCCAGACAAAGUCAAAGAAGGACAGCAAACUGGACCUGUUUGGUUUCGAUGAUGCAGAGGCCCAUCAGGAGAAUAGCGCAGACAACGCAGACGGACGAUCCAGUUACAAGAUCCAGUACUUUGGCUUUGACGACAUGAGCGACAGCGAUGGCGCAGACGACGAUGACGACGACGGCGCUAAAGAGAGGAGAAGGGCCAAGAAGGCUGCAGCCGCCAAGAGAACCCCAGUGGUUACUGUGGAAGAUACACCGACCGCUGAGCCGCCGGAUCCCUUUGAGAGUCUGGAGAGGCUGGAGAGUCUGGAGAGGUUUGAGAGGCUGGAGAGGCUGGAGAGGCCGAUGGUUAAGGAGAACAAGAAGAACUCUGAGAGGCCGGAAAGCAGGAUACGAGCAGACCUCCUGGACUUCUCAGAGGACGGCCUCAGAGUGUUGGCCGGGGUUACCAGGAGGCAGCCUCCGGGCAAACCAGCCGAGAAGAACCCAGACACCUUCAGGAGGAUCUUCAGCGCACACAAGAAGUCUCCCACCAAAGCUGUGUACAACGCCAGACACUGGACGUUGGAGAGUGAAGAGGAGCCCCCUCCAUCUUUCUUCUCACGAUCACAGGCAGCUGCUGCGCCAGUCUCAGCAGGAGGAUCCAGUAAGGAGUCCCCUGACGCUCAGAAAGACGACGGCGUUUUUAAGGCUCCUCCCCCUCCUCCCAAGGUCACCAAGUGUGUCACCCUGCCCACAGAUCUCUACCAGGAUGCUGUCACUGCACUCAAAUGUCGCAAAGAGCACAAGGAGCUGUAUACAGUCGUCCAGCAUGUGAAGCACUUCAAUGACGUGGUGGAGUUUGGAGAGAACCAGGAGUUCACUGAUGACUUUGAGUAUCUGGCUACUGGUCUGAAGAGUGGACAACCUCUCAACACACGCUGCCUCAGUGUGAUCAGCCUGGCUACACGCUGUGCCAUGCCCGGCUUCAGGAUGCACCUCAGGGCCAGAGGGAAGGUGGCUCAGGUCUUUAAAACGCUCAACGACGCCCCACAGCACCCGAAUCUGGCUCUGUGUACGGCGUCACUGAUGUACAUCCUCAGUAGAGACCGGCUGAACAUGGAUCUGGACCGAUCGUGUCUGGACCUGAUGAUCCGGCUGCUGGAGCUUGACCAGGACCAGGGGGGCGGGGCCGGGACGGGGACAGACCCCACGGCUCAGUUCAGCGCCCGAGAAAUCGCCAAGAUGAAGGAGAAGAUCAGGAAGCUCUGCGACACCGUGCACAACAAGCACCUGGACCUGCAGAACAUAACGACGGGUCAUCUAGCCAUGGAGACGUUACUGUCUCUGACUUCAAAGCGAGCAGGAGACUGGUUCAAAGAGGAGCUGCGGCUACUGGGAGGACUGGACCACAUAGUAGAUAAAGUGAAGGAGUGUGUUGAUAACUUAAACCAGGAGGAUGAGAAGGAGAAGAUGAUGUCGUCUCUGUGGGGAGCUGAGAGGUGUUUACGGGUGCUGGAGAGUGUGACGGUCCACAACCCCGAGAACCAGAGCUACCUGAUCGCCUACAAAGACUCAUCACUCAUCGUUUCUUCUGCAAAGGCAUUGAGGAGGUGUGAGGAGAUGAUCCAGCGUUACAGCAGGGAGCUGAACUCAGACGCAGCCGUAGGGAAAGCAGUGGAGGACUGUAUGAGGGCCAUUAUAGGCGUCCUGCUCAACCUGACGCACGACAACGAGUGGGGCAGUACGAAGACCGGAGAGCAGGAGGAUUUAAUAAUGACAGCUCUGAACUGUGUUCUCAAAGUACCUCAGUAUCUUCCACAAGAGCAGCGGUUCGACAUCCGGGUACUGGGUCUGGGCCUGCUGAUCAACCUGGUGGAGUACAGUGCCAGGAACAAGUACUGUCUGAUGGAGAUGGAGAUGGAGGGAGGUCAGGGUCCCUGCGACUCCACCGUCCUGCUGAACCCUCAGCACCAGGACAUCACCAGCAGCGGCCCGCUGAGCGCUAUCGCUGCUCUUGUACAGCUGUUUCUCCAGCGGGAACGGGCCGCCAUCCUGGCUGAGGCGCAGACAGAUGACCUCAUCAAGGAGGCGCCGAAGCCUGCACUGGACCAGAGCGGGGAGUGGCAGGAGACGGGCGGGGAGAUCCAGUGGGUCGCCAACGACAACAACACCGACAAACAGGAGGAUGAAAAGAAGGAGAAGGAGAAGGACGAGGAGGACGAGGAGCUGGACCUCAACAAAGCUCUGCAGCACGCAGGGAAGCACAUGGAGGACAGCAUCGUGGCCUCCUACACAGCACUGCUGCUGGGCUGCCUGUGUCAGGGGAGCCCGUUGAAUGUGACUACUGUGAGAGAUAACCUGCCCAAAGGAGAUUUCUCCAUCAUGACAGAAAUGCUGAAAAAGUUCCUCAACUUCAUGAACCUCACUUGUGACGUCGGCACCACAGGACAGAAGUCCAUCUCCCGGAUCAUUGACUAUCUGGAGCACUGCUAGAGAGAAGCCUGUCUCACUCUCUCUCACACAUGCACACACACACACACCACAACCAUCUCCUUCAUUUUCAUCAACGCCAUCAUCAUCACCAUCACUUUGUUAUUUUCUUCUAACAUACACACAUGUCUUCAUCAUCAUCAUCAUCAUCAUCAUCAUCAUCCUCUCUGUGUUGUGACCAGAUGUCGCCCUCAUCCUCCAGUUAAAGAAGUGCUCUCCUUGUUUUCAUUGUGAUAACUGAUGAGUCUUUUUCCCUGAAAUCGACCUGAGAUGAACUUAAAUUGAUUCUGACUUAAUGAGGGAUGCCCCCCUGCCACACACACACACACACACACACACACACACACACACACACACACAGUCACACACACUUAUUUUAUUUUGCUUUUAUUAAAGGUCCAAUCCAAGGC